UUUAGAUGGGAUACUGGGGAGAAAUCCUUCCCCGGGAGGUUUGGGAAGUCCUGGCACAGAGCAGCAGUGGCUGCCCCUGGAUCUCUGGAAGUGUCCAAGGCCAGGCUGGGCACUGGGGCUGGGAGCAGCCUGGGACAGUGGGAGGCGUGCAAUAUUUUGUGUAUGAUUAUUCAGAACAUCACUGUUUGCACCUUCCAAGCAAUUGUGACUUGGAAUAUCAUCUCUUUCCACGCCAGCCAUGGGAUCCCUCCCAACCCAAACCAUCCUGAGAUUCUGCUGAGGUUGGGACAGGCCCUGAAGAUCAUCGAGCCCAGCCCCUCAGGAGGCCGCAGUGUAGCUGCGCACAGGGCUAAGGGGGAAACCAAAACCAAUAAACAGAUGUGAAAGCGCCGUUUCGUUUGCUGCUCCUCGUGUGUCCGUGUACAUCACCCCGAGCAGCCUCGCCGCGUUCCGGGGCUCCAUUUCGGCGCGGCGGGGCGGGAAAUGGCGGCGCCGGGGCUGGGCCGGGUCCGCCCGCGGGGCCCCGCCUGCGAGGCGGGCGGGCGGCUCCGGCUGCGGGCGGCACCGGCCCCGGCUCCGGCAGCGAGCGAGCGGCUCCCUCGCGGCUCCAGCUCGGCCCCGCUCGGGCUGUGUCGGCGAUGGCGGCGGCUCGGCGGGGGCGGGCGGGCGGCGGCGGCGCGGGGCCGGGGUUCGGGCGGGCGGCCGAGGCGGCGCCGGCGGUGCCGCAGGGGCUGCUGCGGCUGGCGCGGCGCAGCGGGCAGCUCAACCUGGCGGGACGCGGCCUCACCCACGUGCCCGAGCACGUGUGGAGGAUCAACCUGGACACGCCGGAGGAAGCCCAGCAGAACCUGUCCUUCGGAGCUGCCGAUCGCUGGUGGGAGCAGACGGACCUGACCAAGCUGAUCCUGGCCUCCAACAAGCUGCAGAGCCUCUCGGAGGAUGUGCAGCUGCUGCCUGCCCUCACCAUGCUGGACGUGCAUGACAAUCAACUGACAUCACUUCCUUCUGCUUUAGGGCAACUUGAAAAUCUCCAGAAACUCGAUGUCAGCCACAACAAACUGAGGAGCCUUCCCGAGGAGCUGCUGCAGCUGCCCCGACUGAGGAGCCUCCUGGUGCAGCACAACGAGCUGAGCCAGCUGCCCGAGGGGCUGGGGCAGCUCCUCACCUUGGAGGAGCUGGAUGUGUCCAACAACCAGCUCACAGCCAUCCCCACCAGUUUUGCUCUGCUGGUGAACUUGGUGCGGCUCAACCUGGCCUGUAACCAGCUCAAGGAGCUGCCUGCAGAUCUCAGUGCCAUGAAAAGCUUGAGGCAACUGGAUUGUACCAAAAAUUACCUGGAAACGGUACCUCCUAAAUUAGCAAGCAUGGCAUCCCUGGAGCAGCUUUACCUGAGGAAAAACAAACUGCGCUCCUUGCCAGAGCUUCCCUCCUGCAAGUUACUGAAGGAAUUACACGCUGGGGAGAAUCAGAUUGAAAUCCUGAAUGCAGAGAAUCUGAAGCAGCUGAGCUCCCUGUGUGUGCUGGAGCUCAGGGACAACAAGAUCAAGGCAGUGCCCGAGGAGAUCACGGUGCUGCAGAAGCUGGAGAGGCUCGACCUGGCCAACAAUGACAUCAGUAGGUUGCCUUACACCCUGGGGAACCUCCCUCAGCUGAAAUUCCUGGCCCUGGAGGGAAAUCCUUUGAGGACCAUUCGGAGAGACCUGCUGCAGAAGGGCACCCAGGAACUGCUGAAAUAUCUGAGAAGCAAAAUCCAAGAUGAUGGACCUGGCCCCAAUGAAGAGCCUCCUGUGACAGCCAUGACUCUUCCCAGCCAGUCCAAGGUCAACAUCCACGCCAUAACCACACUGAAAUUAUUGGAAUACAGUGACAAGCAGGCUGCUGAGAUCCCCGAGGCCGUGUUCGAUGCCGUGGGCGCCAGUCCUGUGGCCACCGUGAACUUCAGCAAGAACCAGCUGAGGGAGAUCCCCCCCAGGCUUGUGGAGCUGAAAGACUCAGUUUGUGAUGUCAGCCUGGGCUUCAACAAAAUCUCCUCCAUUUCCUCGGAGCUGUGCCUGCUCCAGAAGUUGACACAUUUGGAUCUCAGAAACAAUGUUCUGACAGCCUUGCCUGAGGAGAUGGAGGCACUGAAAAGACUGCACACAAUAAAUCUUGCUUUUAAUAGGUUUAAGGUGUUUCCCAGUGUCCUGUAUCACCUCCCAGCCCUGGAGAACAUCCUGCUCAGCAACAACCAGGUGGGAUCCAUCGACCCCGUGCAGCUGAAGGGGCUGGACAAGCUGGGAACUCUGGACCUGCAGAACAACGACCUCCUCCAGGUGCCCCCAGAGCUGGGCAACUGUGAGAGCCUCAGGAGCCUGCUGCUGGAAGGGAACCCGUUCCGCACGCCCCGCGCCGCCGUGCUGGCCAAGGGCACGGCUGCCGUGCUGGAGUACCUGCGGAGCCGCAUCCCCUCCUGAGCCUGGCCAUUCCUCCUGAGCCCUGGGC